AUGCAGAUCGAUUCAGACGUCACCGCAGGCUCCAAGCCUCGCCUCCCCGUCGCCGUCAACAAGCCCAUUCCCUACACCUUCGACCUGGGCAACCUCCUCUGCAACGACACCAACCCUCUCCCCGUCGUGAGCCAGAUCCAAGAAGCCGACAUCAAAACCGCCGCCCGCGAUUGCGCUCAAGCCCUCAUCAACCAACUCCUCUCCACCUGCCCCAUCACAAAAUCCGACGACAGCACCAGCGUCACCCUCGGCCUACCCACCCCCACCACCCACCUGCCCCGCGAGAAGCGCGUGCCCGAGGAAAAGCCAAAGACCAAGUGGCAAGAGUUUGCCGCCAAGAAGGGCAUCAAGGACAAGAAGCGCGACGGCAAGUUGGUCUACGAUCAAGCCUCUGGCGAGUGGUUGCCCAAGUACGGAUACAAGGGCAAGAACAAGGAUGGCGAGAAUGACUGGUUGGUCGAGGUUGAUGAGAAGAAGACGAGAAAGGAUGGUGCUGAGCAUGAUGCUAGAAAGGAGAGAAGAGAGGAGAGAGUUGAGCGUGUCAAGCGCAACGAGAGGAGGGAGCGCGCCAAUGAGCGCAGAAACCAGCAAAACAAGUCAUGA